UGGAAAUUAAAAGCGAGCCUCGCUUUCCUACCUGACCAUCGUUCUUUGACCCCUUUUCCAAACGGAGUUCUUACAACUUCCUUGAAUGCAUCAUACUGCGUUUUUCAUCAUACAAGUCUUAUAAAAUCACUAUAAAAUAUGGUGUGAUUUUACAUGUGUUCUUCGACGAGAAAAGCUUGUCAAAUCUUUUGUGAUUACUUUCAGUAUUUUAGUAGGUGCAGCUAAGAUGAAAAGAAGGAGCCAUUCUUCGGAAACAAGAUCCACAAGCCAAGGCUCAUCAGGAGUUGAGUUUGACGUGUUCUUGAGUUUUCGAGGACCGGAUACUGGCCAUAACUUCACAGAUUGCCUCCAUUACGCCUUGCUAGGUAAGGGAAUCUGUGUUUUCAUAGAAAAGCAGGGGAUAGACGCUGGUGAAGAGAUCGGCCCACAGAUUUUCCGGGCAAUUGAUGCCUCGAAAAUCUGCAUUCCCAUCCUCUCUAGAGGCUACGCCUCCAGUAGCUGGUGCCUGCGCGAGUUGGAACACAUGAUGGAGUGUAGGAAAACUAAGAAACUGGAGAUUAUGCCCAUUUUUUAUGACGUGAAACCUUCUGAUGUAAAGCUUGAAACCAAAUUAUACAGCGAUGCACUUUCUCUGCAUGAAAAAAAGUGUGGGGUUGAGAUUGUGCAGCGCUGGGCGAAGGCACUUAAGGAAAGUUGCUAGAAUCAAGGGAUGGGACAUCAAGAACAUGGGCCACGGAGAACUCAUACAGUUGAUUGUGCGGGAAGUGUCGGUUAAGCUUCAGGUGCCUCGUGUUCAUGUAUUCGAUCAUUUAGUGGGAAUGGACAAAUCAGCGAAUGAAGUAGUAGAUUUGCUGAAUGUCGAAUCUGAGGACAGAAGGCUCAUUGGAAUCUUGGGGAAGGCUGGAAUAGGCAAGAAAACUCUUGCCAAGGUUGUUUACAACAAACUAUCUACUGAUUUUGAGAGUUGCAGCUUCAUUUCAGAUAUCCAAGGAGCAUCACAAGAUUCUGGUCUGUUAAAUUUGCAGAGGCAGCUUGUCCUUGAUAUCCUUGGAGACGUAGGAGUUGAGCUUUCUAGCAUUGAUCAAUGCAUGAAUAUUAUCAGAGAUAGAUUCAGUAGAAGGAAAGUUCUUAUUGUCCUUGAUGAUGUAGAUCAAAGGAAGCAACUCGCGCCAUUGGGACCAAAGGGAGAAUGGUUUGGUUCGGGAAGUAGAAUAGUGGUUACAACAAGAGACAAAAGUGUUUUAAGUGGAUUCCAAGAUCAAUUUGAACAUUGUUUGAUUUAUGAAGCUAAGGAACUCAACGAUCUGGAUGCUCUUCAACUUUUUAGCAAGCAUGCCUUUAGAAGCAACUCUCCUCCAAAUGCAUUCUUGAAAUUAUCUGAGGAAAUUAUUGUAAGAAUAGGAGGGCUUCCUUUGGCCAUUAAAGUGAUUGGCUCAAAUUUAUAUGGAAAAAAGGAAGCAGAGUGGCAAAAAAUAUUGAAAAUGAUGGAACAUGGUCGUCAUCAGGAAAGUACGCCACUCAAGAUGCAAAGAGAAGUGUCUUCUCCAAGCAAAUUACUUCCAAGAGAGAGGAGGAAGAAAAUGGAAGAUGAAGCUGGAGAGCGACCAGCAGACGUGGAAACCUCAGAUAGGAAUUAUUAUGCAAUUGCAGCUGUUCAAAACGUAGUUGGUAUUGAUGAUCGUGUAAAACAAAUCAACAACUUACUGGAGAUGGAAGUCAAUGAUGAGGUGCGCAUUAUUGGAAUAUAUGGAACUGAUGGAAUUGGCAAGAAGACUCUCGCCAAGGCUGUAUACAACCAGAUCUCUUCUUGUUUCGACAGUUGUAGCUUUCUCGCAGAGGUUGAAGGAACCACCCAAAAUUCUCAUGGUAUUCAGUUUUUGCAAAAUAAGUUGAUUUGUGAUAUCCUUGAGCGAGAUCAUGAAGAUUCUUCUUUUGAUGAAACAAUAGAAGAUUUCGUGGAUAUAUUUCGUGAAAUGAAAGUUCUAAUAGUUGUCAAUGCCGUGGAAAAGCCAUCCGAUCUUCAUGCUAUUGUAGGAGACCAGCUUGAUUGGUUUGGUCCAGGUAGUCGAAUAAUUGUGACUUCUCAAAAUGAGGAAAUUCUCAAAGAGUAUGAUUCCGACAAGGCUCCCACUUACGUGGUUACUGAGUUGGAUGAUGGUCAAGCUUUUAAACUUUUCUGCAAGCAAGCAUUCAGGAUGCAAUCUUCCAUACCUGACUAUGAUGGACUCUCAAACUGCAUUGUCAAUGCUACAGAGAAACUACCAUUAGCAAUUGAAGUCGUCGGUUCAUUUUUGAGGGGUAAAUCAAUACAAGAAUGGGAAAUGAUGGAGAAGUCAAUGAAAGCACGUCUGAUGAGUUCUCAAAAGACUACGGUUGGCCUUCAAGAGCUAUUGGAUAUAUGUAACGGAGAACUAGAUCAUCAGCAAAAAGAUAUAUUUCUGGACAUAACAUGUUUUAUCUCUGGUGUGGAUGCCCGAAUUGCUUCAUAUAUGUGGCCCAAUUGUUAUCCAUCCUCUGGUUGCAUUCUGAUGCCCCUGGCAAAAAUUGGAGAAAACAAUGAAUUGCAGAUGCACAGAUUGCUGAGACGCCUUGGCAAAAGAAUUUUUGAGCAAGAGGGAUCUGGAGAUCCAAUUGAGAGAAAAUUUUACAUACAGGAGAAGGGAAUGGAAAACGUUGAAGCUCUCCUCUUUGACUUCACAGCUGAAUAUUUUCAGAUAAUGCCAGAACUACGGUUUCUCAAGUUGGAUAAUGCCAAAGUUUCCGGAAACUUUGGAGGUGCAUUUGCUAGUUUAAGGUGGCUCUGUUGGCAAAGGUGUCCUCUGGAUUUUACUGCAAAAAAUUUUGUGUUAACAGAGUUGGUCAUUCUUGAUCAGUCUUGGAGCAAAGUCACAGAAGACUGGGGAGGUUGGAGUGAAAUCAAGAUGGAGAAAUUGAAAGUCUUGAAUCUUACCGGGUGUCCUGACUUACUGUUCACUCCCGACUUCUCCAGUUACAAAGAUUUGGCAAUCCUAAUUCUUGAACGCUGUUCUCAUUUGGUGAAGCUACAUCCUUCAAUUGGAAGUUUGCAACGUUUAGUUUCCCUGAAUUUGAAGUUCUGCUCCCAAUUGAACGGGUUGCCAGUGGAACUAGGUCGUACGACAGCUCUGAAAGAGCUUUUUAUUGAUCGGACUUCUGUACGGGAGAUCCCCAUCUCCGUAGGCAAUUUGAAGCAACUCAAAAUUCUCAGUGGCUUCAAGUGCUUCCCAUUGACUCACCUGCCCAGGUCAAUUAGUUACCUGACUGCUCUCUCCGAGCUCUUAUUAGACGGUGCCAAAAUGAUUGAGCUCCCAAGCUCACUGGGGGAGCUGCUUAAUCUAAGACGCUUGUCAUUGAGGGAUUGCCAUUGUUUGAAGAAACUUCCAGAUUCUAUCGGUAGAAUGUGGUCAUUAAAGGAGUUCGAUAUAUCGGGGACUAGUUUCUCUGGACUCCCCAAUUCAAUAAGGUAUCUGGAGAGCUUGACAGUGCUGAGAAUGGAUUCUUCUUUCGUUCGAGCAUUUCCUAAGGAGACUGGGAAUCUAACUGAGCUCGAAGAACUACAUGCUUCCAGGUGUCGGAGUUUGAAGGGGGCCAUUCCUGGUAAUAUCAAGGGACUACGUCAUCUGAGAUCAUUGAUGCUGGGGCAUUCCAGAAUAUCUAGCCUACCCCCUGAAAUCUCCACCAUCACUGGUCUUCACACCCUGGAUUUAAUUCAGUGCAAUGAAAUUGAAGAGUUGCCGAAGCUUCCCCCUUCUCUAAUUUGUCUGCGUGAGUUCUAAGAGGAU